CGGGGCGGGCCCAGCGGCGGGGGGCAGUCGCCGGGCCGCGGGCGGCGGGACGGACAGGGCCGGGGGCCGUGGUGGCACCCGGCGCGCGCCAUGGACCUGCUGUCGGCGCUGAGCCUGGGCGAGCUGGCGCUCAGCUUCUCGCGGGUGCCGCUCUUCCCGGUCUUUGAUCUUAGCUAUUUCAUCGUCUCCAUUCUCUACCUCAAGUAUGAACCAGGAGCGGUCGAGCUGUCCCGGCGCCACCCGGUGGCCUCCUGGCUGUGUGCCAUGCUGCACUGUUUUGGGAGCUACAUCCUGGCUGACCUGCUCCUCGGGGAGCCCGUGAUUGACUACUUCAGCAACAACUCCAGCGUCCUGUUGGCCUCGGCUGUCUGGUACCUGGUUUUCUUCUGCCCCCUGGACCUCUUCUACAAGUGUGUCUGCUUCCUGCCAGUGAAGCUCAUCUUCGUGGCCAUGAAGGAGGUGGUGAGGGUCCGCAAAAUCGCAGUGGGCAUCCACCAUGCACACCACCACUACCACCACGGGUGGUUCGUCAUGAUCGCCACGGGCUGGGUCAAAGGCUCUGGUGUCGCCCUCAUGUCCAACUUUGAGCAGCUGCUCCGAGGAGUCUGGAAGCCGGAGACCAAUGAGGUCCUGCACAUGUCCUUCCCCACCAAGGCCAGCUUGUACGGAGCCAUCCUCUUCACCCUGCAGCAGACCCGCUGGCUCCCGGUGUCCAAAGCCAGCCUCAUCUUUAUCUUCACCAUGUUCAUGGUGUCCUGUAAGGUGUUCCUGACAGCCACUCACUCCCACAGCUCCCCAUUUGACGUCCUGGAGGGCUACAUCUGCCCUGUGCUGUUCGGAACAGCCUGGGGAGGUGACCAUCACCAUGACAACCACGGAGCAUCCCAUGGCGGUUCCCAUGGUGGCGGGCCAGGUGCCCAGCAUUCCGUCCUGCCUGCCAAGUCCAAGGAGGAGCUGAGCGAGGGCUCCAGGAAGAAGAAGACCAAGAAGGCAGAUUAGGAGGUGGCCCAGGGGACCCACGGGCACCAGGGGUAGGACCAGGCCCAGGACCUCACAGCUGGGGGUUAUCCUGGGCUCAUUGCCCAUCUCUGGGCCUUGAUCUCCCCAUCUGCAAAUCGGGGCCAUCAGCUCAUCCUCCAGGGCUGAGGUAGGGAUUAAAUGAGAUAUGAUGGUGGACUUUUGUAGGAAUGGAGGGUUCCUCUCUCUCUGUCAGGCCCCCUGUAGGGUCACAACUUUUGUAGGGGCGCAGAAAAUCCCAGUAGCAGCUCCUACUAAAAAUCCUGGCAUUUAUUCUUUGUUCGUUUUUGGUUUUGUCUUUCUUCUCUGAAAUUGUAUCUGCACUCAGAGAAUUUUAAGCCAUGUCGAGACUCAUUCAUUUGAUGGGUAUUUCCUAAGGAUCUACUAUGAGCCAGGUGCUGUGAUUUCAAAGUCUUGCUUAGGCUCCUCAAUGGUUAGACCUUCCAUGCCCAGAACAUUCUGAGGCCUGCUGGGCAUCCCUGGGUAAGUUGCUUCCCUUCUCUGAGCUUCAAGUUCCCCAUCUGUGGAGUGGAGACCUUUGGCCCUCUGUACAGAAGGCAAGACAUGGCAAAACUUUAUGUGCUCGUAAGCACUGUGCAGUCAGGAAGGGAGGUCAGGGCUGUUGUGAAAUAGGAUUGAAAACAGCUUUGUGUUUUAGAUCAUUUGUUUGUGGAUCAGAGAACCUCACUGUUACCCAGCCAAAAAGAGACCCCAGUGGACACAUCUGAGGCAGGUGCGAGGAUUCAAAUAGUGAUCUUUGGCUUCAGGCUGCCUCCAAACCAAAGACAUGCAGCCGGCUGCGGGGGGUUCCAAGAUCCAACUCUGUUGAAGGAGCUCCGGGUGCUCACUGUUGGUCCCUGGAAGUGUCAGGCCUUCCUCGUGCUGAAAUCUGUCCCUGUCACUCACUCAGUCAUUCAACAGACAGACUAAUGCCUACUCUGAAUGUUUUUGCUGCUGCUGGGCAGGCCAGGAACUUGUACGGGGUGAGCAAACUCCCUCGUCCAAGCCUAGUCAGCAAGACGUCUGAGAGGGGUGGUGGGGGUGGACACGUCCAGUCUCAGGUUGGGUUUGAGCCCAGAUCAGGUGGGGUCCCAAGCGUUACCCAUCUGUUGGGCAAGUGCCUUGUUCCAGUGAUGCCCAGGAGUUGGCUGGGUCCUGAGGCUUCAAGCCCCGCCAUUUCAUCCUCUUGCAUGUCCGUCAAAGCUCGGCAUGAGGGGUCUGCCAAUAAAUUCGAUGUGAAUGAACCCUC